AUGCUGGUAGCCAUCUAUGACAGAAGUGAUCUUUUUCUGAAUGUUGCUAGUGGUAUAGCAGAUUCACGUGAAACUUUCUUUUUUAUGGUGUCAGUUGAUUUCAUAGCGACACACCUCUCUGUGGAGUGCUUCACUAUAGCCAAAAAAGGGUUAUCCGGUCAUCCACUUUUAGCGAACCAUCAAGCACUGAGUUACGAGUACCUUCAAACAUUCGUGGAUGAUCGUGCAAUGUGGUAA